CAUAUAUAUACGUGUAUUAUUAAAAUAAUUACUAAAUUUUAUUAAUACGCUUUAGAUAAACUCGAUCCCAGUUCGUUUAUCUCUGUCGAUAUUUUGUAACUGUGUUCUACACGAAGUUCCAGUUCCAGUUUACUGUGAGUCCGGCAUCGGCUACUUCGCUUGUCAUUUUCGGCGAUAUAGAUAUAUAACUGACAACGACGACACCACAGAAAAGAGCAUGAAAAAACACUAAACAAAAAUACAGCAACAAACACCAAUCAGAAGUCAAGCCAAAAAUCCCAAAAAAAAAGAUAGAAAAAAGAUAAAUAAAAAAAAGCCCAACGGAGCAAGCCGCUUCGUCUAUACUCAAAUAUAAAUUCCUGUUCAACUACGGCGAAAACAAAUAUAAGGAGAAGACAGGAGGAGUCAGCAGCAGCAGCAGUAAAAAGACAUAAGAAGAAGAAACAGCAGCAGGAAGAAAACGCAAAGAAUCUUAAGUAUGGACAUAAUCAAUAAAUUCACCAAUGCAUUUUGGAGUACGCACAUUUGGCUACCGCCAAAUACAACAUGGGCGGACAUUGCGCCCGGCUCUCGUCCAGAUGUUGUGCACGCCGAUUAUCGGGAUUUAAUUUGGCCCAUUCCAUUAGCUGCUGUCGUUAUGCUGGUGCGUUACACAUUGGAGCGCUUUUGGAUAUCACCCAUUGGAAAAUCGUUGGGCAUACGAAGCUCUAGACCUAAGAAAGCAGCAAAUGUUCCUACAUUAGAGUCAGCAUAUGCCAAAUCAUCGCACUUGGAUCAUAAAUGGCUGGCACCACUGGCCAAGCAGACGGACAUGACCGAGCGUCAGAUCGAGCGCUGGUGGCGCCUGCGUCGGGCACAGGAUAAGCCUUCGACAUUAGUCAAGUUCUGCGAGAAUACAUGGCGAUGCAUCUAUUAUCUAUAUAGCUUUAUAUUCGGGGUGAUUGUGCUGUGGGAUAAGCCAUGGUUCUGGGAUGUGAAGAGCUGCUGGUAUGGCUAUCCUCAUCAGUCGGUCAGCAACGAUAUCUGGUGGUACUAUAUGAUAUCGAUGUCGUUCUAUUGGUCAUUGACGGCUACACAGUUCUUUGAUGUGAAGCGCAAGGAUUUCUGGCAAAUGUUCAUACAUCACAUGGUCACACUGUUGCUUAUGUCUCUUAGCUGGGUGUGCAAUCUGCAUCGCGUUGGCUCCCUGGUGCUGGUCGUGCACGACUGUGCCGAUAUAUUUCUAGAGGCGGCCAAAUUGACCAAAUAUGCCAACUAUCAGAAGGUCUGUGAUGCGAUUUUUGCCAUCUUCACAGUUGUCUGGAUUGUCACGCGCUUGGGCUUCUAUCCGCGUAUUAUCUAUAGCUCAUCCGUGGAGGCACCACGAAUUCUGCCUAUGUUUCCAGCAUAUUAUAUAUUUAACUCGCUGCUAUUGAUGCUGCUGGUGCUGCACGUCAUCUGGACCUAUAUGAUUCUGAAGAUUGUGGUCGAUUCCCUGCAGAAGGGUCUGAUGUCCGGCGACAUACGUUCCAGUGAUAGUGAGGAUCUCACAGAUAGUUCAGGCAAUGUGCGCGUUGCUAACGGCUCGACGCGUACAAAAGCCAAAUCUGGCAACUCUGCGUUAGCAGCAACAACUACAACAGCAACGAGCGGUGGUGGUGCAGUUAACCAGCGCAAGCGAGGCAAUAAUAGCAAUGCCAAUAAUCACACGACCGAUGCAACGACAGCGGCAAAGUAAACAAAAGUCUAGCUGUUGACUGGAUGUGUGAGAGUGAGUGAGGUGGAUUGCAAGCGACAGCAGUACUAAUCGACAACUGUAAAAUGAAGAUUAUAAAUGAAGGAAAGAAAUCAACAAUCGCAAAACAAAAACAAACACAAAAACCAAACCAGUUCAGAACGUUUUUAUGUUA